AUGCCCGAAAACCACCCCGAAAAUGCCCACUAUCCCUACGACACUAACCGCGUUCGCGAACUACUGAAGAGCCAUCGCAAAACACGCGGCUUCCGCUCUUGUUUCCCGUGUCGCCAUCGCAAGGUCCGUUGUGAUGGACUCGUGCCUUGUUCGAGCUGCGUGAAGCGCGGACAUCGGGAAUUGUGCCGUUUGCCGACGGAGGAGAGAGGGUGGGUUGUUGGACUGGUUGGGACGGGCACGGCCUCGAGUGAGGGGUCGGGCUCGGGGACUGGUAGUUGGGGUGGUGGGUUGGAUUUGGAUGUGAUGUAUGAUCUGGUGUUUCCUGGCUCUAAUAUCUCACCUUGGGUUACUGUUUAUCUAGUAUCUGCCCAGGCUUGGGUAUCCCUCAACAGACCCAAGCCUAGUCAUCUCUUGACUCGAGAAAAUCGAAGAACAGAUAUCCGCCUUGAAGGCGGAUCUUCGCGCCUCAUCGGCAUCCGCGCCGCCAUUGCAGAGUCCCUCGGGUCACGAGCCACCAAGAACCGUAAACCAACCCGGUCUCUUGCACUCCCGACCACCCAGUAA